UUUCAGCAUAGCCACCGCACACAGGCCCAACAUCGCCACCCAAAGUGCCCAGUGAGGCGGUCCGCACACCGCACACCGCCCACCUCACGCCGCGCCCCGUUCGGCCCCGCCUUCUCCCCUCCCCCUCUUCGUGGGCGGUGCUCUUACCCCCCCUCCUAAUAAUGACCACCCCCUCUUCCUUUUCCCCUUCUCUCUUCUUCUAUUCCUCUUCAUCUCCUCUUCUCGUCUUCUUCAAUGGCUUCUCCUUCUCCCUCUCCCUCUCCUUCCCCUUCCCCUCCUCCAGCCUCUCGAACUCCUUCUCCUCUCCCCGUCCCUCCUCCUCCUCCCCCUCCCUCCUCCUCCUCCUCUCGCCGCCUCCCGCCGCCGUGCUGGACCAACGAGGAAACCCUAGCCCUGAUCGAGUCCUACCGUGACAAGUGGUACGACCUCCGCCGUGGCAACCUGCGCGCCACGCACUGGCAAGAGGUCGCCGACGCUGUCGCCGAACGCUGCCGUAACUUCGCCGGCGCUACCCCUAAGACCUCCGUUCAGUGCCGCCAUAAGGUUGAGAAACUUCGCAAGCGGUACCGUGCUGAGCGUCAGCGAUCCCUUAACGCUGAUCCCUCCGCCACCCCGUCCUCCCCUUGGGUUUUCUUUUCUCAUCUCCAUUCUAUGGAGAUCGGCCCCUCUAAUCGCGCUGCCUCCGACGAGGAGGAAGAGGAGGUGGUGGAUCGCCGCUCUGCGCCUACUCGUAGCCUUCACCGCCUGAUGGAAAAUGGAGGGCUUAAGUUUAAGAUCCCUAAGGCGGUGAGGUCGAAGAUCGUUGGAUCUAGGCCUGAGGACCGGCCGACGCCGAUCCAAAACCCUAACCCUAGCUCUAGGAGUCGCUUGCUCGGGGGUUUCGCGCGGAUGGGGCCUACGAUGGAGGAGAUGAGGAGGAAGCUGGAUAAGAGCAGGCGGCGGAGUAGGGGGAAGGAUGAGGGCGAUGCUAUGGCGGAGGUGGUGUCGGCGCUGAGGAUGUUGGGUGAUAGGUUCAUGAGGAUGGAGCAGAUGAAAAUGGAGCAGGCCAGGGAGAUGGAGAGGGUCCGGAUGGAGAUGGAGCUCAAGAGGACGGAGAUGGUGCUUGAUUCGCAGAGGAGGAUUGUGGAUGCUUUUGUCAAUGGUCUUCUCGGGAAAAAGAGGGCUAAGGUUUCACCGGAGUCUUAAGGAAGGUCUUUCUUCGCCUUGUUUCUAACUCUUUUUAUUUUUUGGUUUAUUUUCUUGUUCUUGUUCUUGUUCUUCUCAAAAUGUGAUUAGGUUUUUAGGGAUUUCAUGGAAAGAAAAGAACAUCUAUGCAGGGAAGAAAAAGGUGACCGUUAAUGCUCUGUAAUUUAAUGUUAGUUUGUGAAUUUGCUUAUCUUAAUCAUAUUCUCCUUUUGAUA